AUGUUUGGCCGCUCGUUCAGGUCCAACCAGGAUCAGACCCGCGUCGACAAGGCUGCGAGUCGUUUGGCCGAGGCGACGAGCUUUCCCGGGGAGCUGGCGGUAGUAGCAGCGCCACCGGGCGUGGAUCUAGCAGCCGACGCCACCACGGCGCCGGUUCUUCCUCGUCCGCCGCCGCCGCUGCCCACGCUUACCCGGAUGCACACUCCUCGCCCCUCGCCCAUCGUCACUCUGACGGUCGGUCGCGAGGGUCGGCUUUUCGCCGCGCACGAAAAUGUCCUCUGCCAGUCGUCCUUCUUCGACGCCGCGUGCAGGGGCCAGUUUCACGACGUGCAAGGUAAGAGGAUCUCCCUCCCGGACGAGGAACCCGAGGUCUUCUCCGCCGUUCUCGAGUACCUCUACAAGGGUGACUACUACCCCCGCUUGAUCCAUAACAAUGUGCGCCGCGCCUCGUUUUCCACGGCCGCGACCACCGCCACCUCGUCCUCGGCCGCAGGCCCCCGCGCAGUCGAGCCCACCGUCUAUCUCUCGAGCUGCGGCGACGAACUCUUGCGCGACACCGUCAUCUACUGCGCCGCCGACCGGUACGGCCUCGACGAGCUCAAGCUCCUCGCCCUCCGGAAGCAGGGUCUCCAGUCCGGCAUUGAUGUCGGCACCAUCCUGCGCUCGGCGGCGUACGCGUACGCCCACACGCCCGACUCGGACUCGCGCCUGCGCGCCCACUACCUUGCCCUCAUCAUCCGCUGCCGCCGUACAUUUAAGCGCAGCGGAACCAUGCAGGCCGCCAUGGAGCAAGGCGGAAGCAAGCUCUUCUUCGACCUGUUUGUCGCCAUGUGCAACCACCUAGACGACGUCAUCGAGGUGAACAACUCGCGAACCCCGAGGACUGUCUGA